AUUUCUGCGUUUCCGCUCGCACUUCGCCUCUCACUCGUCUCUUGUCUAUUUUCCUCAACCUCUCUCACAGUUUCAUCUUCAAUCUGUGAAGAUGAGCACUAUUGAUAAAAUGCUGAUUAAAGGUAUCCGUAGCUUCGAUCCGGAGAACAAGCAUGUCAUCACCUUCUUCAAACCCCUAACCCUAAUUGUCGGCCCCAACGGCGCCGGCAAAACGACCAUAAUCGAAUGCUUGAAGCUUUCUUGCACGGGAGAGUUGCCUCCCAAUGCGAGGUCUGGUCAGAGUUUCAUCCACGACCCCAAGGUUGCUGGGGAGACGGAAACGAAAGCGCAGAUUAAGCUUCGAUUUAAGACGGCGGCCGGGAAGGAUGUGGUGUGCGUAAGGUCUUUCCAGUUGACUCAGAAGGCGUCUAAAAUGGAGUACAAGGCAAUUGAGAGCGUUCUACAGACUAUAAACCCACAUACCGGGGAGAAGGUUUGCCUCAGCUAUAGAUGCGCUGACAUGGACAGGGAAAUUCCUGCUCUAAUGGGUAUUUCAAAGGCUAUUUUGGAAAAUGUUAUAUUUGUCCAUCAAGAUGAGGCUAACUGGCCAUUGCAAGAUCCUUCAACAUUAAAAAAGAAGUUUGAUGAUAUCUUCUCUGCUACACGAUACACAAAAGCCUUGGAAGUCAUAAAAAAGCUUCACAAGGAGCAGGCUCAAGAGAUAAAAACAUACAAGCUGAAGCUGGAGAAUCUUCAAACCUUGAAAGAUGCUGCAUAUAAGCUUCGAGAAAAUAUUGCUCAGAAUGAAGAAAGUUCGGAGUCUCUAAAAGCUCAAAUGCAUGAUCUAGAGAGAAAUGUACAAAGUUUGGAGGCUAAGAUCCACCAUGCAGAAGCAAUGCUAGAAGAGUUGAAGAACCUACAAGAUCAGAUAUCGAAAAAAACUGGUGAAAGAAACACGUUAUUUAAGCAAGAGCAGGAUCAAUAUGCUGCUCUUGAGGAGGAAAAUGAAGACACUGACGAGGAAUUAAAGGAAUGGCAAACCAAGUUUGAAGAAAGGAUUGCACUAUUAGAGACCAAAAUUGGCAAGUUAGAAAGAGAGACGCAUGACACAGAGGAAAGAAGUUCUUUUCUGUUGGAUACAAGUACUAAAUCCAACCAGGAGAUCGGCAAACUUCAAAAUGAAGCUGAGGCUCAUAUUUCAUUGAGGCAAAAGCAGGAUUUAACCAUUCAAAGGAUAUUUGAAAAGCAUAAUUUAGGGUCUCUUCCAAGUGCACCUUUUAGCUAUGAAGUUUCUUGCAACCUCAUAAAUCGAAUAAAGAUGAGAUUGAUGGAUCUUGAGAGGGAUUUGCAGGAUAAAAAGAAAUCAAAUGAAGUAGAACUCAAGGCAUUGUGGGACAGUUAUGAUGCUGCAAAUAAACAUUUCAAUGGAUUAGAACUUCAGAAGCAUAAUAAAAUCGAAGCCAAGGAAGGAAUACUGAGUUCCAUUAAGAAAACGGAGAAUGCCCGGGACCUGGAGGAACAACAACUUUUCAACUUUAAUCUCUCUCAUAUUGAUGAAAGGGAAAAGAAACUGCAAAUGGAGUAUGAAAGAAAGGGAUUGGAAUUUGAGGAAAGAAAAUUUGAUGAUAACAUUCAGCAGUUGUUAACUGAAAUAUUUAGCUUAGGACAAAAAAUUAAAGCUCUGAAUCAGGAGAAGGACUUCAUGGCACGUGAUUCGGACAAUAGAGUUAGACUGAAUGUGAAGAAGGAGGAAUUGGAAACUGCCAGGAAAAAACAUAGGAAGAUAAUUGAUGAACACAAGGAUAAAAUCCGGAGAGUGCUGAAAGGAAGGCUUCCUUUGGACAAGGAUCUGAAGAAAGAAGUCACCCAAGCCCUAGGGGCCCUCAAAAAGGAGUUCAGUGAUUUGGAAUCAAAAUACCUUGAAGCAGAUAAAGAAGUGAAAGUGGGGAAAAUGAAAAUAGAAGAUGUUGAAAGUUCCUUAUCCAAGUUUCAAAAGGAAAUGAGUGCAAAGAAAAAGUUUAUUGAGUCAAAAGUCCAGUCUUUGUAUCAGCAGUCAAAAGACAUUGAUUCUUUCCUUCAACUUUUCAAUGACGCUAAGGAGAAAAGAGACGUUAUGAAAAGUAAACACAACAUUGCAGAUGGCAUGAGGCAAAUGUUUGAUCCUUUUGAAAGAGUUGCACGUGCACAUCAUAUUUGUCCCUGCUGUGAGCGAUCUUUCACCCCUGAAGAGGAGGAUGAGUUUGUUAAGAAGCAAAGGGUUAAAGCAACAAGUUCUGCAGAGCAUAUGAAAGUUUUGGCCGUGGAAUCAGCAAAUGCUGAUUCACUUUUCCAGCAAUUUGACAAGCUUCGAAUGGUAUAUGAGGAAUACAUUAAACUUGGCAGGGAAACUAUCCCUCAGACACAGAAAACUUUGCACCAACUAAGAGAAGAUUUGGACCAGAAGUCUCAGGCACUCGAUGAUGUUUUGGGUGUUUUAGCUCAUAUUAAAGCGGAGAAGGACUUGGUAGAGAGUUUGGUAGAACCAGUAGGAUCUGCUGACACUCUUUUUCAUGAGAUGCAAAAUUUGCAAAAAGUAGUUGAUGAUUUAGAAUAUACACUUGAUGCUCGAGGAGAAGGUGUAAAAUCUGUAGAGGAAAUGCAGUCUCAGUUGAAUACAUUGCAGAGCAGGAGGGAUAGUCUGGACUAUGAAGUGCAGAAGUUAAGGGAUGAAAAGGAUUCCAUGAGGAGUGAUUUAUCAAAUGUUGGAAUGCGGUGGGGAAAUGCAAGGGAGGAGAAACUGAGAGCAGCUAACAUUUUGAAUAGCAUUAAAAAAGCAGAAGAGGAACUUGAGCGUUUGGUGGAGGAAAAGAAUCAAGUAGACCUUGAAGAGAAGCAUUUGGAUGAGGCUCUCAUUAUUUCAUUGAAGGAGAAAGAUAGAUUGUAUCAUGAAUAUGAGGCAAUGAAAACAAAACUCGACUAUGAAUAUGAUUCACUGGCCGAACUUAAGAGAAGUUACAACACUGAAGUAGAGAAACUUCUGGAAUGUGCUUCCCAGAUUAAAGAGUAUAAUGAUUCAAAGAAAGGGGAGAGGCUUAAGGAGUUGCAAGAAAAACUAUUGGUAUUUGAGUCUCAACUUCAAAAUUGUAAGGCCAGAAAACAUGAAAUUUCCGUUGAGUUGGACAAAAGUAAAGAGUUGAGGCGGAAUCAAGAGAAAUUAAAACGAAAUAUUGAUGACAACUUGAAGUAUCGGAAGACAAAGGCUGAACUGGAUGUAUGUACAUGUGAAAUUGAAUCACUUGAAGAUAAAAUGCUAAAAAUUGGUGGAUUUUCCGCCUUCGAAGCUAACAAAAAGAAGUAUGUGAAGGAAAGAGAAAGACUUCUUGAAGAGUUGAACAAGUGUCGUGGAACUCUGUCUGUAUAUCAGAAGAACAUUUCAGAUCAUAAAUCUGAGCUUAGACAAGCUAAAUACAAUGAUAUUGACAAGCGGUACUUUAAUCAGCUGAUCCAGCUUAAGACAACCGAGAUGGCGAACAAGGACCUGGACAGAUACUACAAUGCUCUUGAUAAAGCACUAAUGCGCUUCCACACCAUGAAGAUGGAGGAAAUAAAUAAAAUUAUCAGGGAGCUGUGGCAGCAAACUUACAGGGGUCAGGAUAUAGAUUAUAUAAGUAUUCAUUCGGACUCUGAAGGUUCUGGGACUCGAUCUUAUAGUUACCGGGUUCUCAUGCAGACUGGUGAUACUGAGCUGGAAAUGCGAGGAAGAUGUAGUGCUGGUCAGAAGGUCCUUGCUUCACUUAUAAUCCGGUUGGCAUUAGCUGAAACGUUUUGUCUCAACUGUGGAAUACUGGCCCUGGAUGAACCAACAACAAACUUGGAUUGCCCAAAUGCUGAGAGCCUUGCAGCAGCUCUCUUGAGAAUCAUGGAGGAUAGAAAAAACCAGGAGAAUUUCCAACUCAUAGUAAUUACACAUGAUGAGCGGUUUGCUCAACUGAUUGGUCAACGCCAGCAUGCAGAACGAUAUUAUCGUGUUGCGAAGGAUGAAUUUCAGCAUAGUAUCAUUGAAGCCCAGGAGAUAUUCGACUGACUGUCAAAGACAUCCAUCUAUAAAUGAUGCACAUUUGCUACUAAGCUGAAUCAGAACCAACUAAGAAUACCCUGAUGCUUACACUUAGAGCAGUAGGAUUUGAAGGUUAGAGGUAAGCAAGAGGUAGACAGAAGGCAGGAUGUAUGUACAAUAUGUGUAUUUACCAGUUGAAAUCGAUGCCCUCCACAGAUUUCAUCGUAAGGUGGAGGCCCACGACGUGGAUUUAAGUUGUUUUUCAACUAUUCGAGAGCGAAAGAAUGUAUUUGAAAAUUGCCUUAAAUGAGUAAAGCAUGUUCGUGUAA